AACAAAACCGCUCCAAUCAGCUGUUAGAGAGCGGCUAACAAAGAAAGAGAGAGAGAGCGAACUGUGUGUGCGCGUCAAAAACGGCACUUGAACGCACAGUGUGUCAAAAGCCUGUGAAAGGCUGAUGAAAAAUCUUCUUAGCAAAAAGAAGUUAAGAAAAAUCUACUCCUAGUCCAGUUUCUAUUUCGGCUUCAAGUCCGUUGUUAUACGCGUGUGAUCCCAUCAAGCAAAAAGUGAAAAAAAAAUAGAAAAAAAUAGUGCAAAAUGAGUGAUAAUUCGUCGGAUACGCCUGCGGAAGGAGCUGCAGCGCCAGCAGCUUCACCGACAGAAGCAGCAGCGCCAGCGGAAGCAGCAGCAAUGGAAGCACCCGAGCUGGCAGUGGCUGCUUCAAAGAUACCAGGCCCCAGCACGCGCUCGAAUAUACCCACGCCCGCCGCCUCCGUGACGGGAACAGCACCACCCGCCAGCAGGCUGAAGGCGCCCGCCAACUUCGGCUCAACGAGCUCCAUUAGCUCCGUGUCGAAGAUCGGGCGACCCUGCUGCAAUCACACAACGCCCAAGUCGGGACCACCACCAAGAGACACAAACAGCAUGAGUCGUGAAAGCGAUGACAAUUUGAGUUCGAUUAAUUCGGCUUACACAGAUCUCUAUCAAGAGACUGUCAAGCGCUUUACGCGCUCCUCGCUCUCACCCACAUCCGACUGGGAACGAUACUCGCCCGCGCCCUCGCGCCGCUCUCACAAAUCCGAGACUGGAAGUCGCACAUCUUAUGAUUAUUAUCUAGAGGCCACUGGGCGACGUCGCAGCUCAGAUCACAACAGUGCCGUGCUGACAGCCAACACAGAACAGUUUAUAAUUGGCCAGAAGGUAUGGGUUGGUGGACUACGAUCCGGACAAAUAGCUUACAUAGGCGAGACACACUUUGCGCCAGGCGAUUGGGCGGGAAUUGUGCUGGAUGAGCCAAAUGGCAAAAACGAUGGCUGUGUGUCGGGCAAGCGGUACUUCCAGUGUGAGCCCAAACGUGGCAUCUUUUCGCGUCUGACCCGUCUCACGGUGUAUCCUAUGUCCGGUGCACACACGCCCACAUCGCCUUUGGCCAAAAACUCACCGGAACGUUCGCGUACAGUCUCGCCAACGGCUAGCAUUCGCAGCUCCAUGAUGCGCAGUCCAGGCAUUGGCAAAAACGGUAUGGCUGUGGGCGAUCGUGUGAUUGUCUCUUCGGGCUUUGGCAGCCGUCCGGGCAUCCUAAGAUACCUCGGAGAAACAUCGUUUGCCCCCGGCAAUUGGUGCGGCGUCGAGUUGGAUGAGGCCAGCGGCAAGAAUGAUGGCGCUGUAGAUGGUAUAAGAUACUUUGAGUGCAAGCCCAAGUAUGGUGUGUUUGUGCCCAUUGCCAAGGUUUCGCUGUCGCCGUCAUCGAAGAAGACGCGCUUGUCGCGUGCCGGCUCACGGGAAUCCCUCACAUCGAUUGGCACCAUGAACAGCAUUGCCACCACGAAUACGUCGCGCAUGCGCAUGAAUGCUCAGCGCAAGUCGAGCACGCCCGUCAGACCCAUUGUCACGACGCCGAAAAGCCAAUUUUCCAUGCAGGACUUGCUGCGUGAGAAGCAACAGCAUGUGGAGCAGCUGAUGGUGGAGCGCGAACUGGAUCGCGAGGACUCACAGAAUCAGGCGCUGCAGCUGCAGAAGAACAUCAACGAGCUAAAAUUACGAAUUUUUCAAUUGGAGUCGGAAUUGGGCGAUGAACGCAAGAAAUCUGAGGAUUUACAGUUCUCUAUUGAUGAGGCACAGUCCUGUGGCGAGGAAUAUAAUGCUCAAUCUCAGGUGUACAGGGAGAAGAUCCACGAUCUGGAAUCGAAGAUCACUAAACUGGUGUCGGCCACGCCCAGCCUGCAGAGUUUACCCCCACAACCAGUUGCACCACCAGCCGCAGCGGAGGAGAGUCCUCUCCGGGAGGAGCUCGUCCAACUGCAGGACAAGUUGAGUGCCCAACAGCAGGAAACAGAAGCCCGUCUGGCCGAGCAGCUUGAGGAGGAGCAGCGUUUGAGGGAGAACAUCAAGUACCUGCAGGAGCAGAAUGCCGUGCUGCAGGCGGAGCUCCUCGGCAAGGACGAAUCGCUGGAGAAAUUCUCGCUGUCGCAGAGCGGCAUCGACAAUCUGCGCAGAGAGCUGGCGCUGCUCAAGGAGGAGAACGAGAAGCAGUCGCAGGAGGCUCAAGCUAACUUUGAUCAAAAGUUGGCGGCCAAAACGGAGGAGCUGUCUCGCGUGACCGUGGAGCUGCAGCAGCUCAAGAGCGCCUCUGAUACGCUGGAGAGCCAGCGGGCCAACGUUUCCGACGAGUGCGAAAUCCUGCAGACAGAGAUACGCAUGCGGGACGAGCAAAUCAAGGAGCAGGGCCAGCAGCUGGACGAACUGACGACCCAACUGAAUGUGCAGAAAGCGGACAAUUGCGCGCUGGACGAUAUGCUGCGGCAGCAACAGGCCAGCGCCGAUGAGCGAGGCGUGCAGCUGCAGCAGCGACUCGAGGAGAUCAACGAAAUGAAGGCGGCGGCGGAGCAACGCGAGCUGCACGUGCGGGAAGCGGAGAGGCAGCAGGAACAGCAGAGGCAGGAGCUGGGGAGGCAGAACCAGCAGAAAGUGACGGAAUUGGAGGGGCAGCAUGACGUGCAAGUGCAGGAACUAAAGCGACAGCAUGGCCAGCAGGUGCAGGAGCUGCAGCGUGAGCUGGCACAGCUUCAGCAACUGGCGACUGAGGAGCAGCUAAAGCAGCAACAAAGUCUGACGGCCAUCGAGCAACUGCAGCUGGAUAAGUGCUCAGCGGAGCUGCGGCUGGCCGCGCAGUUGGCCGAGCUCGAAGUAUGCCACAGACAGCAGACUGAGGCGCAGUCGCAGCUCACGGAAACCAACCAAUUCCAAGCCCAAAAGGAGCUGCAGCUCAAGGAAACCGAGGAGACUGUGUCACAGCUGCAGCUGCAGCUGGAGCAAAAGUCCACGGCCUACGAGACGUUGCUGGUGAACUUCUCGGAGAUGCGGAAGCGUCACGAGUCCAGCCUGAAGCAAAAGGAGCUGGAACUCGAGGCGGCACAGGCGCAGUCACUGCGCAACAAGGAGGCGCUGGAAACGGUGUCGGGGGAGCUGAAGCGACUGCAGCAGCGUGUGGCAGACUCUGAUGAAGAGGGCAGCAUACAAUUCGCCAAGCUGGAGGAGCGCAUCAGCGAGCUGAGCAUCCAAGCGAGGAUUACACAAGCGAAUCUCGUGGCCAGUCAGGCGGAGGUGGAGUCUAAGAACAGGCAGCUGGAGGCGACGAAUGCAGCACUGGAGAAGAUCAACAAGGACUAUGCGGAAUCCCGCGCUGAGGCCUCACAGCUCGAGGAACGUUUGCAGCUAAUCUCCGAGCAGCUGCAGUCCGAGCUGCAGGCGGAGCGCUCCUCCUCGAGCGAUCUGCACACAAAGCUCAGCAAGUUCAGCGAAGAAAUGGCCAGCGGGCAGAAGGAGCUGACCAGCAAAGCGGAUGCCUGGAGCCAGGAGAUGCUGCAGAAGGAGCGCGAGAUACAGGACCUCCGCCAGCAGCUGCACACGAGUCAGGAGGCGCUGGCCAAGCUGCAGGCGCAGGCGGAGCAAAGGGAGGCAGCCCUCGAAGAGGCCAAGAAGCUGUUGCAGGAUGAACUGUCCAGGGUGCGGGAGGAACUGUCCAAGCUGCGUGCGGACCAACAGCAGCUAAGCAGCGGCACACAGGAGACCAUCAGGGAACUACAGGAGCGUCUCGAAAUCACCAACGCGGAUCUCCAGCACAAGGAGAAAAUGGCCGUGGAGGAUGCACAAAAGAUAAGCGAUCUAAAGACCCUCGUGGAGGCCAUUCAAGUGGCCAAUGCGAACAUAUCCGAGACGAAUGCGGAGCUGUCCACUGUGCUGGAGGUGCUGCAAGCAGAGAAGAGCGAAACGAAUCACAUAUUCGAGCUGUUUGAGAUGGAGGCGGACAUGAAUGCCGAACGUUUGAUCGAGAAACUAACAGGCAUGAAGGAGGAGCUGAAGGAAACGCACCAGCAGCACGAGGAGAGGCAGAGACGUUGCCAGGAGCUGGAACUGCAGCUGUCGGAACUCCAACAAAGCGAUGAUCAGCUGCAGUCCGCCUCCCAGGCAGCCACAGAGCAGCUGCGGGAGCUCCAACAUGCCCAAACAGAGCUGCAGGCAGCUCUCGAGCAAAAGGAUAAACUCAACGCAGAGCUGGAGACGAAAAUACAGGAAUCCCUUGCACAGUUGAACGCUCAAAGGAGCUCCAUUGGGGAGCUGCAAGCGCAACUAGAAAAGGAUCAGCAGGCGCUGAGCAAGUUCCAAGCGGAUGUAGUCAAGUCUGUGGAGGCACUGCAGCAGGUGCAGCAGGCCAAUGAGGAGAUGAGCGGAAAGCUGGCAGCGAGGGAGCAAGAAGUGAAGGAUUUGGAGGGUAAAUUAGCUGCAGCUGACUUACAGUUGGACAGCAAACAGGCUGCGUACAAGGAACUGCAGGAGAGAGUCGCAGAGAAGCUGGAAAAGGAGCAGUGGGAGAGCCAGGCCAGCACAGAGCAGCUGAAACGGGCUCAGGGAGAGCUGCAAAAAGCCCAGGGAGAGCUGGAAGAAGUCAAGAAAGAGCUGCAAAAAGCCCAGGGAGAACAUCAAAGAGCCAGUGGAGAGCUGCAAGGUGCCAACGGACUGCUGCAACAAGCCAAGGAGGAGCUGCAAAAAGCCUUAAACAAUAAACAAAACGAAGUCGGAGCUUUGCAGGUAGCACUCGAGGAAACCAGAACCCAGUUGGGCAGCCAAAGCGUAGCGCUCAACGCGCUCCAAGACAAGCUGGAGCAGGCACAGCUGAAGGAGCGAAGUGUCCAAGAGGAGGCCCACAAAUCCGCUGAGCAACUGCGCCAACUGCAACAGGCCAACGAGUCGAUGCAAGUAUCCCUCCAGCAAAAGCAGAACCUCCUCGAAAAGGGCAACGAGUUCGAUGCGCAGCUCGCGGAGUACCAGAAAGUCAUCGAUGAGAUGGAUGAAGCGGCCAAAAAGAAGGCUCUAGAGCUGGCAGAGCUGCAGCAAAGAGUCCACGAACUGGAGGCAGCGCUGCACCAAGCCAAGGAGCAGCAAAAGACAGCGAGCCUGGAGUCCAAGCAGCUGCGUCGCCAUCUGGAAACCAUCGAAGGUGAAAAGUCGCGCGAGAUUGUGUCGCUGCGAGCGCAGGUUAAUGGCGCCUCACCCAGGGUCUUGGUAGGGGAUAAUCCCGAGUCCCUGGACACGGAGACAACAGCGGCCAAAAUUAAUUUCCUAAACUCCAUUAUUUCGGAUAUGCAGCAGAAAAAUGAUGCGCUAAAGGCCAAGGUGCAGACGCUGGAAAUGCUGCCCAUGGAUUUCACCAAACCCCACGCCUUUGAUAUGCUGACAAAGCGCAAGCCCGCGCCCCGUCUGUUUUGCGAUAUUUGUGAUGAAUUCGAUAAGCACGAGACGGAAGAUUGUCCGCUGCAGGCGGGCGAUGAUCGCGAUGACUCGCCGCCGCCGCUGGCCAGCGAAAGAAACAAUAAUGAACAGAAGGAACGAAAGCUGCCGGCGCCACGGAAAUAUUGCGAAAACUGCGAGGCCUUUGGACACGACACCAGCGAGUGCGAAGUGGAUGAUACCUAUUAGUUAUAGAACAAGUUAACAAUAAUUCUUCAUUUACUUGUUUAUCGAUGGCGAAAACUUUUACCUCAGCAGCAGCAGCAGCAGCGCCAAAGUCCUCGCUCCUGACGCCUGGCUCCUGGCUAACAUUCUCUUUU